UUCUUCGUUUUCUGCCAUGGGCUCCUGCAGCUCUCCCAGCUCCUGGUCUCUGGCUAUCUGAAGAGCUCCAUCUCAACCAUCGAGAGACGAUAUGGCCUCUCCAGCCAGACGUCAGGGCUGCUCGCUUCCUUCAAUGAGGUUGGAAACACGUUGUUGAUCGUCUUCGUAAGUUACUUCGGGAGCCGAGUGCACAGACCCCGUUUCAUCGGCUGCGGUGCCAUCCUUGUCUCCCUGGCCGGGUUCCUCAUGUCUCUCCCCCAUUUCAUAACUGGACCCUAUGAGUACGACCAGUCUGUUGCCAGCAUGUUCAGCAACACCACUGACCUGUGCCAGCCUGGGGUGCCGGGGUCCCAGGGAAACCUCAGUGAUGCUGGUUGCACCCCUCGUGCUGCCAGGGAGAACCACGAGGUUCUCCUUGUCAUGUUCAUCGCCCAGGCACUGCUGGGCAUCGGUGGCGUCCCCAUCCAGCCCUUCGGGAUCUCCUACAUCGAUGAUUUCGCCAGCGAGAGGAACUCCCCCCUCUACUUGGGCAUCUUGUUCUCCGUGACCGUCAUCGGGCCAGGGGUGGGCUUCAUGCUGGGCUCUGCCAUGCUGCGUUUUUAUGUCGACAUUGACAAAGUCACCAGAGAUGAAGUCCAGCUCACCAACAAAGACCCACGGUGGGUUGGCGCCUGGUGGCUUGGUUUCCUGGUCGCAGCCAGCCUCGUGGCCCUGUCUGCCGUGCCUUAUUUCUUCUUCCCACGGGAAAUGCCAAAAGAG